AUGCCCAUGUCCCCACUGUCCUCAGGGAUGGGUCCCCCUCAUCCCGGUGGCCUGUCCCAGGUGCGGGAGAUCUGCCUGAUGUUCACGCGGGGAGUGGACUAUCACUGGCAGGCCACCGCCCUGCUUGCCCUCCAGGAGGCGGCCGAGGCCUUCAUGGUGCGCCUGCUGGAGGACGCCUACCUGUGCUCCCUGCACGCCCGCCGCGUCACCCUCUUCCCCAAGGACCUGCAGCUGGCCCGGCGCCUCCGUGGCCUCGACAACGGCAUCUGACCCCAAAGCACCGCGAUUCACCCCAAAAAACUGCCCAAGAACCCCCCCAAAAAAAGCAUCUCCCACCCCAAAAAUCCCACCCCCAAAAAAUGGUCUCCUUCCCCCCGCGUUGUUCCAAUAAAGGUUUCAACCCCA